CAUACUUCCAUCCAGAGCAGUUCCAUUCAUACCUGGCUGCAGCAAUGGAGCUCCUGGGAACCCUUUUGCUGCUACUCUGUAUCUCUUGCUUCAUUGUCCUUGCAGUCCAGAGCAGAAAGCCUGGAAAUGGACACCUACCCCCUGGCCCCUUUCCUUUGCCCAUCCUUGGGAAUGUUGUGCAGUUGACAGCCAAGAACUUGCCAAGGAAAUUUCAUGAGCUCAGUGAGAAGUAUGGCCCUGUGUUUACAAUGUACUUUGGAGCAGAACGUGUUGUGGUGCUACAUGGCUAUGAUGCAAUAAAAGAAGCCCUGAUUGACCGUGGAGAUGAAUUUGCAGCCCGAGGAAGACUGCCAAUAAGCGAUGAUGUCAUAAAAGGGCUGGGAAUUAUAUUCAGCAAUGGAGAGAGAUGGAAGCAGCUCCGGCGUUUUGCCCUCACGACUCUGCGAGACUUUGGGAUGGGAAAGAAAAGCCUUGAGGAAAGGAUCCAGAAUGAAGCCCAAUGCCUGCAGGAAGCAUUGAAGGAAACUCAGGGAAAGCCCAUUGAUCCAACGUACCUGCUCAGCAGUGCUUUAAGUAAUGCCAUCUGCUCCAUUGUCUUUCGGAACCGAUACGAGUACAAUGACAAGGACUUUCUGGCUCUUACUGCCUCAAUGAAUGACAACUUCCAUGUUCUAAGCUCUUUGCAGGGACAGCUCUACAAUAGCUUCCCCUCUCUCAUGGCUGCCAUCCCGGGGCCUCAUCACAGAGUGCAAAAGAAUGUGCAAAGGUUGAAAGAUUUUGUCCUGGAGCAGAUUAAAGCGCAUAAAGCUACUCUGGAUCCAUCCGCACCUCAGGAUUUUAUUGACAGCUUCUACAUUAAGAUGGACCGGGAGAAAGACAAUGGUGCGUCAGAGUUCGACCACGAUAAUUUGGUGAAUGCCACAGUUGACUUGUUUGCAGCAGGAACAGAGACAACCAGCACCACCCUAAGAUAUGGGCUCAUGAUUCUUCUGAAACACCCAGAGAUAGAAGAGAAAGUGCAAGAAGAGAUCGAUCGUGUAAUUGGCCGAGCACGGAGUCCUUGCAUGGCUGAUCGCGGAAAGAUGCCUUACACGGAUGCUGUCCUUCAUGAAAUCCAGAGGUUCAUCUCCCUUAUCCCAUUGUCUCUUCCCCAUGCAGUGGAAAGGGACACCCCCUUCAGACAGUAUAUCAUUCCCAAGGGCACCACCAUCUAUCCAGUUUUGCAAUCUGUGCUGUAUGACAGCAAAGAAUUUCCAAAUCCAGAAAAAUUUGACCCACAGCAUUUCUUGCAUGAAGAUGGCACCUUCCGGAAGAGCAACUACUUCAUGCCCUUCUCAGCAGGUAAGCGGAUCUGCAUCGGGGAAGGCCUCGCCCGCAUGCAGCUCUUCUUGUUCUUGAGCACCAUAUUGCAGAACUUUUCGCUGAAGCCCCUCGGCCACCGCAAAGACAUUGACCUCACACCCAAGCUGAGCACUUUCGGCAACAUACCUCAGUCCUUCCAGCUGCGCUUCAUCCCACGCUGAAAAAGGAGCACACCUGGCAAUUGUGCCAUCUCAGGACGGCACAUAGGAAGCACCCAACCUGGCAGAGAUGGCAGCCUGGAAUGCUUUAUGUUGAUGAAGUUGGUUUCUAGUUUGCUCUGGAAGGGGAUCCCAACCAUAAAGGGCAACUGGUCUUUUCUGCCUGUUUUUAAUUGAAUGAAAGUAUCAAAUUGGACAGCCAUCUUAGUGGGAUGGUGUAAAUUGGUGUCCAGCAACAGUAGGGGGUUGGAUAGCCUUCAUGGUCCCUUCCAACUCUACCAUUCAAUGAUUCUAUUAAAUGUUUUCAUUCAGAGCUUGGGCCAAUGUCCCCUCCUUCCCGUAUUCUACUCCCAGAAGACUCAGCUCUGUUCAUUCAUUAUUUAAACUGCCUUUUCCUGAACACAAAUGCCAGAUUCCAAUGGAAAGAAGAAUCAUAUCUGAUGAGCUAUCUCCUGAGAAGGAAACAGAUCCAUUUUAAAAAAGAAACAUGUGCAAUUGGCUAAUUAAAGUUUUGGAGAGGGGUUA